GCGGCCGCCUCAUGGGGCGGAAGGGCCCGGGGGCAGGGGAGGCGAAGGACGAAGAGGCGGAGGAGGCCUGGGUGUCGUCGUCGUCGUCCCCGGACCCCCCGCUGUGGCGCCUGCCCGAGGAGCUGCUGCUGCUCAUCUGCUCCUACCUGGACUCGCAGGCCCUGGGCCGCCUGGGCCAGGUGUCCCGCCGGCUGCAGCGCUUCACCAGCCGCGACCUGCUGUGGCGGCGGAUAGCCCGGGCCUGCCUCAACUCCGGCUUCAGCCAGCACGGCGCCGACCUAGUAACUAACAUCCCAGUGAAGGAAAGAGUGAAGGUAUCUCAGAACUGGAGGCGGGGCCGCUGCCGGAGGGAGAUACUGCUCAGAUGGAAACGCAAUCUCAUGCCCUGGAUGCAGCUGGAUGGUGACUCGCUGUACAUCUCCCAGGCAGAAGACAUCCGGACCUAUAAACUCUGUCCAGAUGGCUCCAGCCUGCACCGACGUCCCCUGGCCAUUUUUUCCAGCCACCAAGAGGAUGUGUGUCGCUUUGUACUUGCUAACUCGCAUAUUGUCAGCGGAGGAGGAGAUGGAAAGAUUGGCCUUCAUAAGCUGAAUGGCUCCUUCAGCAUCAAAUUCUCUGCUCAUGAGCAGGAAGUGAACUGUGUGGACUGUCAAGGCGCUGUCAUCGUGAGUGGCUCCCGGGACAGAACAGCAAAGGUUUGGUCUCUAUCCUCCAGCACCCUGGGACAGUGCUUACACACCAUUCAGACGGAAGACCGAGUCUGGUCCAUUGCCAUUAGCCCACUACUCAGUUCUUUUGUGACGGGGACAGCUUGUUGUGGACACAUCUCACCCCUAAGAAUCUGGGACCUCACCAGUGGGCAGCUGGUGACGUGCUUGGGGUACGACUUCCACCGGGGAGCUGGGGUGCUGGAUGUCUGCUAUGAAACUCCCUUCACGCUGCUGUCCUGUGGCUACGACACCUACAUUCGCUACUGGGACCUCCGAACCAGCUCCCGGAACUGCGUCAUGGAAUGGGAGGAGCCUCACGACAACGCCCUUUACUGCAUCCGCAGCGACGGGAACCACAUGCUGGCCAGUGGCUCCUCCUACUAUGGGCUGGUGCGCCUGUGGGAUCGACGCCAGAGGAGCUGCCUGCAUGCCUUCUCCCUGUCGUCCCCCAACAGCAGCCCGGUGUACUGUCUGCGCUUCAACACCACCCACCUCUACGCUGCACUGGCCUCCAGCCUCCACGUCCUCGACUUCCGCUCCCUGUGACGGACUGCCGGGGACCGCUCUCCGGCAAGGGACCGCCGCACCCAGGGGCAUCUCAGGGAAUCUUGUGACUUCGGGCCCGUGGCCAGCGGGAGAAAAGGUUCCGCGGGCCUCCCCGUCUCUUUUCAACUUUGUGCCGGGUGAUUUCUUCAUUUCAAACCAAAGACCCGAGGAGGAAACGCAGCAUUCAAACCUCGGUUUGCAGGAGACCUGGGCUGGGCCCAGAGAAGUAUGCCGCGCUCCACAAGCGUGGCUCUGACCUCCGCCUCCCUGACCCCAACCGGAGUCAGAGGUUUGGACAAGGCAUCAAAGUGGGGGCUCAAGGGGAGACCGAGGAAGGGGAGUCAUGGAACCACAGUAACGCUGCGUUUGUUUGAGCAGGGCAGGGUAGGAUGCCUACUUUACCCCACCUCUCCUGGCCUGACUGCAUGAGGGUGAGUCCUGCCUUCAGUGUGGAUCCAAGCUUGCAGUGGCCUAUCGCGGUAAGCUCUGGGGCCAGCUGGUAGUGGGAGGCAGAGAGAAAUUACAGCUUUCUCCCUCAUGGGAUCCCAAGCAGGAGCUAGGCUUACAUCCCUGCCCUGCCCUGCCCCACCCCAUCUCACCUCACCCUUCUCUCCCUUGGUCCUAUGGAUCCUCCCUCCACCCUGCAGCCUUGUGCCCUUCCUGCAGGCCUUUUUGAACUGGGCAGAAGAAUCAGGGAUUCAGCUAGGUGGUUUCAGCCAAACCCUUCAUUUCCCCUUGACUCUUCCUAAUUCCCACAACCCCCGUGUGGCUCUGUUUCAGGGUUUAGGAUCAAAAACAGUAUUUUAAUUUAUUUUUUUAAUAAUGACCUGCAGUGAACGUGGACGGCAGGCUCCCUGCGGUCUCACUCUGGAGCCUGGUGCUGCAGAACUGCUUGGGCCUGAGGCCUGGGCCUCAGCUUUGCCCUCGUGCUUUGCCCCCUCCACACCCCCUCAGCUCUCCAGUCUCACAGGUAGGGAGGAGGCUAAGCCUUCCCGUUCCUCCUGGCUCCCCAUUCCUGGCCCAGGCCCGUCCUAGUUCGGGCACAGGUGGGAGCCCCAUCGCCUGGAAUUUUUUCCCCCUUCCAGCACUCUCCCCAGAGGCUAUCUCAAAAUGAAAUCUAGUGGAGACCCAAUCUUACCUUAUCCUGGGUUUGAGCUAAAGGGGGCAGAGGGCACUGGUUUGGGAAUAGCUAAGGGCUUAAAGCUUUGUGACAAAAUAAAGUCCUUCUCCUUGA